AUGAGCCAAUACAGUCGCCACGCGUUCGAUACCGACUCCGACUCGGAUACGGAGCUGACUCCAAUCUACAUCGAUGACCGUUACUCGUCAAUGGUCAGUAACGACUCCAGAGCAGGCUUACUAAGACGAGGAGGUGAUCUGGAAAGAGACGCCGAGAGCGAAAAGACCCGCGAAGAGAAAGAGGAGGAAUUGAGAAACCACAGCUUCAGCAAGUCAAGGGAUAAAACGAGGGAGACAGUCGCCGACGCCACUCUCGAAUCCAGCUCUUGUGUAGACUCACAAUACGACACAGUGGAGACAACCUCUAUUUUUUCUGUGGGGCGCAAAAAGGCCAUCAAUUCACCGUAUCCAGAAGUACGGGCUGCUGUACCUGCUACUGACGACCCUCUAAUGCCGCAAAAUACCCCCAGAAUGUGGGUCAUUGGCAUCUUUCUGGUCACCAUCUGUUCUGGACUCAACAUCCUCUUCACUCUGCAUUGGCCAGCAUUCGUCAUAUCGUCCUUUUUUGCAGCCAUGGUGGCAUGGCCUCUGGGACGAAUAUGGGACCAGUUUGUGCCGAAUUGGAGAAUCCCCCUGACUAACAUCUACCUCAACAACUCCCCCUUCAACAUCAAGGAGCAUUGCCUGAUUAUCGUCAUGGCCAACGUCUCCUAUGGAACGGGCGUCUCCUACGUCCCCGUCAUUGUGCUGACGAUGAAACACAGAUACAACAACACAUAUUUCGGCUGGGGCUUCAGUAUUGUCAGUUCCAUUUGUGUGCAAUGUCUUGGUUACGGCAUGGCGGGCAUCUGUAGACGUAUCUUGGUCUAUCCUGCCUCUCUCAUCUGGCCCAGUAAUUUGGUCACCACCACUUUUCUCACUAACAUUCACAUGAAUGUGAACCAUACUGCCGACGGGUGGAAGAUUUCUCGUCUGCGGUUUUUUCUCAUUGUUUUUUCCGCCUACUUUGUCUGGAACUGGUUACCGGGCUAUCUGGCGCCUUUUUUGUCCAAUUUCGCCUUUGUGACGUACGCAGCUCCCGACAAUGUCAUUGUGAACCAGAUUUUCGGGUCAUCUUCCGGCCUGGGGCUCAUCCCCAUCAACUUCGACUGGAACGUCAUUGCCGGUUACAUUGGCAGUCCUCUGGUUCCGCCUUUCUUCUCUAUCGGAAACGUGGCAGCAGGAGUGGUGGUCAUUUUCUGGAUCAUCACCCCUAUUUUGCACUACUCCAACGCCUGGUACGGGCGAUACCUGCCCAUGAGCGAUUCCAACUCGUAUGACCGAUUUCAAAGGACUUAUGAUGCUGAGAGAGUACUCAAACCGCUUGUCAAGGGCGGUAAAAAGAAGUUUGAAUUGGAUGUGGAAAAAUACAAAGAGUAUUCGCCGUUGUAUCUGUCCACGACAUUUGCUCUUUCCUACGGCGUCUCCUUUGCCGCUAUCACAUCCACGGUUGUCCAUACCAUUCUUUUCCACGGCAAAGAAAUCAUGUACUACUGGAAACACAGCCGAAAGGAGCCAGAGGAUGUGCAUAUGGAACUCAUGAGAAAGUAUCCCGAGGUGCCCGAAUGGUGGUACGCACUGGUUCUAGCCAUCUGCUUUGCCCUGGCUUGUGUCACGGUCUCCGUGUGGGAAACAGACUUGCCCAUUUGGGCUCUUAUCAUUGCCCUUCUCAUCGCUGGAGGUCUGCUUAUCCCGGCAGGUAUGAUUGCGGCACUGACCAACGUGACCAUGGGUCUCAAUGUGCUAACCGAGUUUGUCGUGGGCUACAUUCUUCCCGGACGACCGGUCGGCAUGAUGUUUUUCAAAACCUUUGGCUACAUUUCAAACGCACAAGCGCUCAACUUUUUGGUCGAUCUCAAACUCGGCCACUACCUGAAACUGGCUCCUCGAGUCAUGUUUUGUGCCCAGAUACUGGCCACAACGUGGGGCAGCAUUUGCCAGCUGGCUGUGGUGGAAUGGGCACAGAUGGCGAUCCCAGAUCUGUGUGAAGAGUCGCAAAAGACAAACUUCUCCUGUCCCCAGGUCCAGGUCUUUUACUCCGCGUCCGUCAUCUGGGGCCUGGUGGGACCUGGCCGUAUUUUCGGCGAAGGGCAGCUGUACCAUGGGCUCUUGUGGAUGUUUCUGGUGGGUGCAGCCUUGCCUUUUUUUUCGUGGCUGUGGCUGAAACGGCACCCCAACUCUCGGCUCAAGUUCAUCCACUGGCCUGUGUUCUUCAACGGGCCUUCUCAAAUUCCGCCCGCCACCCCCUACAACUACGCAUCGUGGUGUGUGGUAGGGUACAUUUUCAACUGGCUGAUUAAACGGCGGUGGUUCAACUGGUGGGCCAAGUACAACUACACACUGAGUGCAGGGCUGGAUGUGGGGAUGGCUGUCAGUGCAGCGGUCAUUUUUGUGUCGUUGCAGCUGCCCAAUAUCAAUCCUCCGUCGUGGUGGGGAACCAACAUCUUUACGCCGACGAUGGAUAUUCAGGGCAAUGCUUUUCAGGAGGUGUUGAAGGAGGGCGAGAGUUUUGGUAUGAAGACGUGGAAGUGA